GUUAAUGUUCUCAGGAACAUAUGUCGCAUAGAUGAAGGUUCUAUGAAUUGACGUAUAAACCAUUGACAAUUGACAAUUUUUGAUCUGAACUUCGAAACGUCAAAAUUUUGUAUUGUGUGAUUUCUUACAGCUUAGGAAAUACGUGAGCAUUUAUCUAAUGUGAAGCCUGAAAAUUUCCAUUGUAACUUACAUAAUUAAUGACAAAGUUAUUGUCUGAAAUUUAAGAGUACAAUGGCAGCUCAAGCUGCAGCUCAACUCCUGGAUGAGUUGAUGGGUCGUAACAGAAAUGUGGCCCCUAAUGAGAAAAAACGCGAACCCAACUGGGAAGACCCAGAGUACUGCCCAUAUUUCCUAGUGAAAUUUUGCCCCCAUGAUCUCUUUGUGAACACCCGUGCCGAUUUAGGUGCUUGCCCUAAAGUUCAUGAUGAAGAAGUACGUAAGCUCUAUGAACAAGCUAAACCAGUGAGAAAGUUACAUCAUCAAGAAGAAUUUGUGAGAUUUUGUUCUACAAUGGUGAAUGACGUUCAAAGAAAAAUACAAAAAGGAAAAAAUCGCUUGGCUUUAAGUGGUAAAUCAGAAAGUCCUGCAACAGCACCAAAUCAAGCAAACAAAAACCAAGAAAAGAUAGACAUUCUGAAUGAGCGUAUCAAUGGUUUAGAGGCUGAAGCAGAGAAGGCCGGAACAGAUGGCAAAGUUGAACAAGCGCAAGGAUUAAUGAUGCUUUGUGAUAAGUUGAAAGAUGAGAGAGAUGCUUUAAACAAACAGAUUGAAUCUGGUCAUUGGAGUGUGGAACUCGCCCAGGCUCAGGAAAAACAGAUGGAAGUGUGUGAAGUUUGUGGUGCUUUCCUUAUUGUUGGUGAUGCCCAGCAAAGAUUAGAUGAUCACUUGAGUGGAAAGCAACACCUUGGAUUCUCCAAGUUGAAGGCUGCUAUUGCUGAACUCACAGAUCUCAUCUAUGAAGUUAAGAAUGAAAGGAGGAAUGGAAGGGUGGGAGGGAUAGGGUCUCCCGAUGAGGUAUCUAGAGAUCGUGAUAAGAGGAGAGAGAGGAGCAGAGAGAGAAACCGUUCAGAACAUAGGAACAGAGAUGAAAGGAAACGGAGCAGAUCGCGGGAGAAAGAUAGAGAGAGGGAAAGGGAUCGAGACAAAGACAAGCAAAGAAGAGAGAGAGAACGUUCAGACAGAAGAGACAGAGAAAAGGAAAAAAAACAUCGCUCAGAUCGAGAUCACGAACGAAGGCAUCACCAUCAUCGGCGCUGAAAUUCUUCUUUUUUUGAUCAGUAAGAUCAAGCCAUUGAAGGUACAUUUAAUACUAAUUUUCACUUUGAUCAUUCUGUUGUUUCUUUCAGCCGUGCAGGUUAGUAAAAAUAUAAAACAGUGAUUUGAAGCAGAACUGCUUUUUUGAAUUGUUAUAGUUGCAUUUUUUUCAUAGUUUGGCCACUACACAUAUUGAUACAGGGAAAACAUUUAUCAUUUUGUUUGGGAAUUUUUGGAAAAUCAAGCAACAAAAAUGUUUAACAUUGUUCCAAAAAACAGGAUCUCUGUUGUGUCCAUUUGUUUUCUUGCCAGUUUGGGCAUGUUUAUUGAUAAAAGAGUCAUCUAUGUUGGUUAUUUUUUGGCUGCUCAAUAAUAGUGGUAGAAAGUGGCCAAACACAAAAAUGGGGUCUUAGCAACUGCCGACAUAUUUUCAAUUGCAUCAUUUAUUUAUCCUUAACGAUAUUAUGCUAUAAUAUGUAGGCGUUACUUUUAUUUCUCCUUUGAUAUUUCAACACCGUAGCAGCGAGCAAAUGGUUGAAAGAUCUGUUUAUGAGUUUUCAGCCUAAAAGUGUUCAGUCGACACAGUGGCCGUUGACAAUGGCAGUUGGUCAAAUACACACUCUAGUGCAUACGCAUAGUAAUCUGUAAUUUUGCAAAAAACGACGAGGUAUUUAUAAAACACCAUCUGAUAAAUUUUUUAAGUUAACCCCCUCUCUUCAUAAUGAGUGGCUAAAUUGAUUGAAACAGCGAUGCAGCAUUAAAGCCGAGGUAUUUAUGUUGUCCAAUAAUUUGAAACACCUCCAGAAGUACUUUCAGAGAAAAUGAUGUAUAUACAGAAUAAAUGCGAAUCGUCAAGAUUCUUUCUGAAGGUGUUUUCAUUCAAUUAACUCUCAGAUUAGGAAUUAACGAAAAAACAUUUCUCCAGACAAUGGUCUUAUGCCUGUUAUGGAUUUUUGCAGUUACAUCAAACAGGUGAGCUUCAAACACUCUCUCUAGACCGUGAAGAUACUCCAAUAUCGUACUAACUACAUCUGUACCAGCAGUAAAGAAGGUGAUUUUUUUUUAAUUAGAGUUUGCAGUUUUUGUUUCGACUUAACUAUUGUAAUAUAAAUGUUUUUUUCUCGAAUAUCAAUAAAAAUGUGUUUCUUAAAUUAAA